ACGCGAGAAGGAGAGAAAGAGAGAGCAAGAACACGAGAGUGGCAUAAAGGAAGAGAGAGGGAGAGAGAGAGAGAGAGAGAACGUGAGCGACCGGCACGCGGCGCGCACACCGGUGGAGGAGGCGUUAUAUACAGGCCGGAUCCUCGUUCGACCGUCAGUUUCUCGCCCGGACUCGCGGCAUUGACACCGCACCAAGUAAAAACUCAAUCGCAGCACAACCCCGCGAUCAUCUGGAUCAUCCGCGAAAGUCAAGUUCGACGAGGAGGAGAGCUUCGUUUUUCCGAGUUUUUCGUUCGCGACGAAGAACCGACCACCGAAGGAAGAGUCGCUCGAGGGUUUGUCGUUCAGAGCAACUCUCUCUUCUUCUUCUUCUUCUUCAUCUUCGUGGGAUUUCUCAACCCGAAGUCGGAUCCCGGGAGAAUUGUCAUGGCCACCUACGCGACGUACAGGCACGUCGAGCUCGACAAUGUCGGAUACGGAAAGAAGAGGGUGUUGAAGCCACCCGGCGGUGGUAGCAGCGAUAUAUUCGGCGCAGCUCCGGAGGAGACGAGCCCGCGACGCGUCAAGACUCACAACCAGUCCCAGUUGGGCUCGGCGCUGUUCGGCGACGCAAACGGCACCGACACGGCGACAACCGCGGUGUCGCCGCGCAACAAGCCCGGUAAUGAUUCAUACAAACGCCUGUUUGGCCCCCCCGAUGCCCCAUCCACCACCCCAAACGCGAGAAAUCACAUGCGCAGCAAUAUUCCCCUCUGCGGGGGCUCGUCGCCGGUCUCGUCGUUAUCGUCGGGCGCCGCGACGUCGCCCGCGAAGAGCACAAUCAGCAGCAACUGCAGCAGCAGCAACUCGACGUGCAUCGCCAACGGCUUUGCAAGCAACGGUAGCAACUCCAACGAUAUCACAGCUUUUAGGAGAAAGAAACGAUUUCGAGGAUCGCCCUGCGUGCCGGUGCGCAACCCGGUCACCGGAGACGGAAUCGAGGUGACGCCCGUGAGACGCAUCCCACGAAAGUGUCGAGAUGGCAAUCCGGUAACCGGAACUGGCUACGCGUCCGAGGCGCAGAAGAACGGACCGGUCGUGCAGAACGGAAUCGCCAGCUCGAAUUCCAGCAGCAGCGGCGAGAAGUCGAACGACACGUCGCCGAUGGCGAAGCCGGCGACGCGCACACGCGUCCCACCCGGUGGCUACUCAUCCGGACUCUGGUAAAGAGCGACCAUCCCCAUCGGUCGCUCGGGGUCGUUCUUCCCCUCCUCCCGAGGGGGUGGAGAACAACACUCUGAUUAAUCCUUUCGGCCCCCGUAACUCUUAAAAUCUGAUUACAAAGCCCGUGCGUAAUUCCCGUAGUAGGACUUAAAACAAAACAAAACAAAAAAAAUAAAAAAUUGUUCCCCGUCAGAGCGAAAAAAUCCGAGAGUGAAAAUCCCACUUUAUUCUCACCGUAUUCCGUGGCAACGACACGAGCCGGAAUACAACUCUUUUCUAUGAAUCUUUCUACAUAGAAUCCCUCGCCCGAUUCAAAAUAGCCCGCGCGAAAGUGUACAAGAACGGGCUUUAACUAGAUUUAACUUCCUUUUGCUUUGUAUCAAUUCGACGAAAAAUACAUACAUAAAAAAAUAUAUACAAUAACAGUAAAAACAAGUAAAACGACGUCUCUUUGCGUUUUUCAAUUUUUGCGACUGGUCACUCACACGGCCUCGAACUCGGCCUUUUUCUCAUCUCGAAACACACGUGAAAAAUCGGUUACUUUUUUCUCUCUCAAUCUUCGGAGAAACUUUGACGUGUACACACAAUCACGUCGUCGGAGGGGGGAGGGGGUGGGCUGAAAGAGUUAAUGAGAGCGAACAAAACAAAAAGUAUAAUAAUAAUUAAUAAUACGAUCGUCUAUCUCCCGAAAGAAAGACAAGUGCGAAAACGAGCAGAGACGUCGCGUUCGUAAGCGAAGGGGAGAUGAUCGCGUUCACAGAUUCGCGAGACGGAUUUAGAGUCUUUUCCAGACUCUCUUUCUGAAUACUCCGUUUUGUCGUUAACGAGCGAGUUGUGUAAAAAGAUGUCUGCCCAUAAGUGCGCGCGCACAAGAGAACAAACCGAUUCGCCGGGUGUUCCUCCGAGCGUGAAUUACCGGUCCUUCAAUUAGCAACUCCACCACGGACUUUAUAUCGCGUAACUGUAUAGAGGUAGUUAAGGCGAUCAUCGCGGCGUAAAGCAGCGCGCCUCUCGUCCGAGCUGUUGUGGUCGGCGAAACGAUUCGCGAGUCAUAAAUCACUUGGGUUGGGGAAGCGCGCGCGAUUUCCUAUCAGCGGGACGACUCCGCAAUGCGAAUAAAUCGGAGUUACUCACGGAGGGAGCUCUCUCGGGAACGAGAAAAUGAAAGCAUUUUAUUUUUAUCGAGAAAACGCGGACAGAUGCCGAGAAGAAUAAUUUGAAUAUACGGACGAGUUUGUGUGGGAACGAAUUUCAAUUUUGUUUUUUUUUUUAUUUCUUUUCUCUCUGUCGAGAGACGAUACGCAUUUUUAAUUUAAAUUUUUGCUUCGAUAUUCGCGUUCCUCGGAGAGGAAUCCGCUUUGAUAAAAGAGAAAGAGAGAGCUUUAAUUCAUUUGCACUCUUCGUUCAUUCGAUUUCUUCUCAUCGCUCUUGUCAUCCGCGAUGAGAGGAAAUCAAUCCGCGAUCGCGCGACGUUUUUGCUCGUUUCCGACGUGUAUUGCCGUGAUCCUAUAAAAUCAUCUAAUUGGGAAAAUUACACGUCUCUCUGACACACAAGGAACAGAACUGCUCUCUCCUACCUUGUGGGAAGUGAAGGGCAGUGAUAUGCACACGUACAAACACGCAUACACGCAUACACACACACACACACACACACACACACACACACACACGUGCAGAGAAGUACUGAGAGAUCGUAGAAUCGUAGGAUCGCGAUGUAGCGCGGCGUCGAGUAGGAGCGAGAAAAGACAAAAAAAAGAAAAAAAAAAGAAAAAAAAACACAACCCUGAUAAUCCCUUGCUACACGACGGGAGAUACGUCGAGACAAGUAAUAUACACGUAAGGAUAAUCAAUUAAUCGGAUAAUCAACACCUCUUUGAGCAUAGAGUGUACCAAGUCGAGUCUCGUGAUACUGGAAAGUGAUUAAAAAUUCGUAUAAGAGAAAAAAAUAGAGAAAAAUAAAUAACCAACAACUAAAGAAAAUAAAAGAAUAAAUUAAAUUAAAAAUCACACAUGAGAAGGAUGGACUGAAAUUCGGAGCGCGAUGGAAAAAAAAAAAAAAAAAAAUUGCGAAAGGACUUCGGAACUUGUACAUUAGACGUAGGAACAUGUUAUUUCGAAGAAUAAAAAUAUAUCAUGUGUAACCCAUUAAACCAAGUCAAGUGCUUUCUUAAUCUCUCCGUGCCUUCUUAUAAUCGCUUGAUUUUUGUCGCACGAUGUGUGAGAGAAAGACGACGCGCGGCCGAGAGGUGUGUAUGUGUGUGAAAUAUGAGAAAAAACAAACCUCUCCUCUCUCGCCUAAUUUUGCUCGCGAGUAUUAAUGCGCGCGACACAUCGACAACGAAAAAAAAAAAAAGACAAAAACGAACGCGCGAUGUCGCGAGAGCUCUCGCCGCGGAAAAGCUUCUCGAAAAAAAAGUCAAAGGAAGGAUCAUCGUGUGUAUAUUUCUCGAUUCACGCGUGAAAAGCUAUUAUUAUUUAUCUAUUUAUAUUAUCGGUAUUGUAUACUUAUCUCUUGUUUCUAACGGGCAACGCGCGCGGGGAGACCGCGCACGACGAGAGAGAGAAAGAGAGAGGAUGAGAGAUUUUUCGUCGUGCGCGCGUAAACACGCAUCCGUUGUCGCCCCCUUCUCCCUCUUCGCUUUCUAUGUAGCAGCGCGCAAUCGAAUGUAUUUAUUUUCACAAGCAAAGAGCCGUGCACACAUGUAUCGUUUUCUUUUUUUUUCCUUGCUCCUUUAACGUAAAGGAUUCUCUUACGCGGUCGUUUGGUGUGAGUUAAAAUUAAGUUGUUUGUGUAACACACACUAUGCAUCGUAUCCAUCAGUAAAGUAGCCUUUUUUGUACUCUGGCAAUGAUUAAUAAAAUUUUAUAAGCAA